AUGGGCGUGAGCGGCGGUAACUGGGAUGAUGACGAAGAGGUUGGCCGAAAUGCUCCUUCGGUGACGUACGGCUUGGAGCCGUUCGUGUUUGAUCCCGGUCCGCAACCUUCUCAGGAGGAACUGGCCCGUGAUGCGGAACGCCGUGUGCGGCAGGACAAGCGCUUCCGGGAGGCCCUGCGGAAGCAGAAAGCUGCCAUCACUGCCAUCCUCCAGGGCUGCUUGGAGAAGGUCAACUCUCAGCUGGAAAGGGGAGAGGCCGUUUGCCAAAAGGCGCACUUCCCAUUGCUGAACCCGAUGGAGUUUGAGGACCUGGAGGCCUUUGCUCGUCAUGACCACUUCGUACUGGAUCUCCGCAUUGACAAGGUAGAUGAAGCGCUUCAGGCCCUGGUGAGCUGUCUCUUCGGCACUGUCUGGACCAACGUGCACGUCGAGAAUGUCAUGAAGGCAAAAGGCUUGGAAAGAUACAACGAGGCCCUCCAAGAAAGGAUGAGGACCCUGGAGCACCACUUGAAAGAUCGAUCUCGCCAGCUCUCCAACUGUCGGUAUGCCUACUUCCUUGAAAUCACACACCUGCGCAACCAGCUUUACAUCAAGCACCAGGAGGGCGAUGAGGAUUUCGAGCCUGUCGAGGCAUAUUUCUUCGAUCCCACAGAAUAUUUGGAGGAGGAGCUCCGACAGCAGCUGAAUGACAAGAUCACUUUGAGU